AUGGCGGGCACCCAGUCCUCAGAGACUCAGAGCCGUGGCCGAAAGCUCUUCGACGGUACUAAAGCUAUCCUCAACUACCGCCGUGAGCGCGGCAUCCUUGUAAACAACAUGCGCCGGUACAUCGCCAUUCUACGACAGCAGCCCGUGGACAACUACCUCAUCGAGGUCACCCUCAACGUCCAAUCGCUGAAGAUCCAAGCCGACAAGGUUAAGUGGGCGGCCGAGUUGGUCGCCAUUGACGCUAAGGACUUGAACUAUGUCCUCUCAAAGGAACCUGGGUACUUCACCCGCACUGUUCCCCGGCUCUGCGAUGAAUGCGGCCGUUCUACCAGCGAGAUGUCAAGGACUCUCAUGGACCAUAUUCACAAUCCCGUCGCCAACACCGAGCACCACAUCGCACUCGAUCUAGAGCGUGCGUUGGCUAACCUAGGCUUCGCAUAG